AUGGUUCUUUCAGGAUUUUAUGUAAUAUGUCUUUCUUUCCUCUCCCGUUAUGGAAGAAUUCGCCUAUUAGCUCUCCCACAUCCCUUCACAAAAACCAAAUAUUACCUUUUUCUCACUAACCAAUUAUUACCUUAUUCACAACAACCAAUUUUUACCUUUUUCUCACCAACCAAAUAUUACCUUUUUUUCACCAACCAAAUAUUAACUUUUUUACACCAACCAAAUAUUUUCUUCAGACCAAGCAAUUUUUGCAUUUUUCUCACCAACAAAUUAUUACCUUUUUCUCACCAACCCAUUUUUACUUUUUUCUCACAAACCAAAUAUUACCUUUUCUCACCAAACAGUUAUUACCUCUUUCACAUCAACCAAAUAUUACCUUUUCUCACCAAACAGUUAUUACCUCUUUCACAUCAACCAAAUAUUACCUUUUCUCACCAAACAGUUAUUACCUCUUUCACAUCAACCAAAUAUUACCUUUUCUCACCAAACAGUUAUUACCUCUUUCACAUCAACCAAAUAUUACCUUUUCUCACCAAACAGUUAUUACCUCUUUCACAUCAACCAAAUAUUACCUUUUCUCACCAAACAGUUAUUACCUCUUUUCACAUCAACCAAAUAUUACCUUUUCUCACCAAACAGUUAUUACCUCUUUCACAUCAACCAAUUAUUACCUUUUCUCACCAAACAGUUAUUACCUCUUUCACAUCAACCAAAUAUUACCUUUUCUCACCAAACAGUUAUUACCUCUUUCACAUCAACCAAAUAUUACCUUUUCUCACCAAACAGUUAUUACCUCUUUCACAUCAACCAAAUAUUACCUUUUCUCACCAAACAGUUAUUACCUCUUUCACAUCAACCAAAUAUUACCUUUUCUCACCAAACAGUUAUUACCUCUUUCACAUCAACCAAAUAUUACCUUUUCUCACCAAACAGUUAUUACCUCUUUCACAUCAACCAAAUAUUACCUUUUCUCACCAAACAGUUAUUACCUCUUUCACAUCAACCAAAUAUUACCUUUUCUCACCAAACAGUUAUUACCUCUUUCACAUCAACCAAAUAUUACCUUUUCUCACCAAACAGUUAUUACCUCUUUCACAUCAACCAAAUAUUACCUUUUCUCACCAAACAGUUAUUACCUCUUUCACAUCAACCAAAUAUUACCUUUUCUCACCAAACAGUUAUUACCUCUUUCACAUCAACCAAAUAUUACCUUUUCUCACCAAACAGUUAUUACCUCUUUCACAUCAACCAAAUAUUACCUUUUUCUCACCAAACAGUUAUUACCUCUUUCACAUCAACCAAAUAUUACCUUUUCUCACCAAACAGUUAUUACCUCUUUCACAUCAACCAAAUAUUACCUUUUCUCACCAAACAGUUAUUACCUCUUUUCACAUCAACCAAAUAUUACCUUUUCUCACCAAACAGUUAUUACCUCUUUCACAUCAACCAAAUAUUACCUUUUCUCACCAAACAGUUAUUACCUCUUUCACAUCAACCAAAUAUUACCUUUUCUCACCAAACAGUUAUUACCUCUUUCACAUCAACCAAAUAUUACCUUUUCUCACCAAACAGUUAUUACCUCUUUCACAUCAACCAAAUAUUACCUUUUCUCACCAAACAGUUAUUACCUCUUUCACAUCAACCAAAUAUUACCUUUUCUCACCAAACAGUUAUUACCUCUUUCACAUCAACCAAAUAUUACCUUUUCUCACCAAACAGUUAUUACCUCUUUCACAUCAACCAAAUAUUACCUUUUCUCACCAAACAGUUAUUACCUCUUUCACAUCAACCAAUUAUUACCUUUUCUCACCAAACAGUUAUUACCUCUUUCACAUCAACCAAAUAUUACCUUUUCUCACCAAACAGUUAUUACCUCUUUCACAUCAACCAAAUAUUACCUUUUCUCACCAAACAGUUAUUACCUCUUUCACAUCAACCAAAUAUUACCUUUUCUCACCAAACAGUUAUUACCUCUUUCACAUCAACCAAAUAUUACCUUUUCUCACCAAACAGUUAUUACCUCUUUCACAUCAACCAAAUAUUACCUUUUUCUCACCAAACAGUUAUUACCUCUUUCACAUCAACCAAAUAUUACCUUUUCUCACCAAACAGUUAUUACCUCUUUCACAUCAACCAAAUAUUACCUUUUCUCACCAAACAGUUAUUACCUCUUUUCACAUCAACCAAAUAUUACCUUUUCUCACCAAACAGUUAUUACCUCUUUCUCAUCAACCAAAUAUUACCUUUUCUCACCAAACAGUUAUUACCUCUUUCACAUCAACCAAUUAUUACCUUUUCUCACCAAACAGUUAUUACCUCUUUCACAUCAACCAAAUAUUACCUUUUCUCACCAAACAGUUAUUACCUCUUUCACAUCAACCAAAUAUUACCUUUUCUCACCAAACAGUUAUUACCUCUUUCACAUCAACCAAAUAUUACCUUUUACAAACAGUUUUCUUUCAUCAACCAAACUUUUCUCACCAAACCUCUUUCACAUCAACCAAAUAUUACCUUUUCUCACCAAACAGUUAUUACCUCUUUCACAUCAACCAAAUAUUACCUUUUCUCACCAAACAGUUAUUACCUCUUUCACAUCAACCAAAUAUUACCUUUUCUCACCAAACAGUUAUUACCUCUUUCUCACAAACCAAUUAUUACCUUUUCUCACCAAACAGUUAUUACCUCUUUCACAUCAACCAAUUAUUACCUUUUCUCACCAAACAGUUAUUACCUCUUUCACAUCAACCAAAUAUUACCUUUUCUCACCAAACAGUUAUUACCUCUUUCACAUCAACCAAUUAUUACCUUUUCUCACCAAACAGUUAUUACCUCUUUCACAUCAACCAAUUAUUACCUUUUCUCACCAAACAGUUAUUACCUCUUUCACAUCAACCAAAUAUUACCUUUUCUCACCAAACAGUUAUUACCUCUUUCACAUCAACCAAAUAUUACCUUUUUCUCACCAAACAGUUAUUACCUCUUUCACAUCAACCAAAUAUUACCUUUUCUCACCAAACAGUUAUUACCUCUUUCACAUCAACCAAAUAUUACCUUUUCUCACCAAACAGUUAUUACCUCUUUCACAUCAACCAAAUAUUACCUUUUCUCACCAAACAGUUAUUACCUCUUUCACAUCAACCAAAUAUUACCUUUUCUCACCAAACAGUUAUUACCUCUUUCACAUCAACCAAAUAUUACCUUUUCUCACCAAACAGUUAUUACCUCUUUCACAUCAACCAAAUAUUACCUUUUCUCACCAAACAGUUAUUACCUCUUUCACAUCAACCAAAUAUUACCUUUUCUCACCAAACAGUUAUUACCUCUUUCACAUCAACUAAAUAUUUUCUUCAUACCAACCAUUUGUUACCUUUUUCUCACCAACCAAAUAUUAUUUUUUCAUACCAACCCAUUUUUACCUUUCUCACACCAACAAAUUAUUAG